AUGAGAAACUGGAGUGCAUUGCUUGUGUUGGUUUCACUAGCUAUAGUGCAUGCAAGUGCACGUGAGGUUCCAAAGGGGGGUGGUGGUGGCCAUGAUGAGCAAACACUGGGCAUGCAUGCAGCAGCAAGUGCACCGCAUGGGGUUGGUGACAAGAAGAACUUUGUGUUUGGUGGUGUUGGUGGCUUUGCUGCUGGCGGUUUUGGUGGGAAGUAUGGCGGAAUUGGUGGUGGCAUUGGCAAGUACGGUGGUAUUGGUGGAUUUGGUGGCGGCGUUGGCAAGUUUGGUGGAAUAGGUGGAGGGAUUGGCGGAGGUAUUGGCAAGUAUGGUGGGAUCGGCGGUGCUGCGGGAAUCGGUGGCUACCAUGGUAUUGUUGGUGGAGCUGGUGGAAUCGGUGGCUUCCAUGGUAUUGGUGGCGCAGCUGGAACAGGUGGCGUUCGUGGUGGUGGCUUCCAUGGCGUUGGUGGGGGAGCUGGCAUUGGUGGCUUCCAUGGUGUUGGUGGAGCCGGAAAAGGUGGAGGGUUAGGUGGUGUUGGAGGUUUAGGUGGUGGUGUGGGAGGCGUAGGUGGCGCCGGUGGCGGUGUAGGAGGCUUAGGUGGGAAUGGUGGUGGUAAUGGGGGUUUGGGUGGCCCUGGUCGUGGUAUUGGAGGUUUGGGUGGACCUGGUGGUGGCAUUGGAGGUUUAGGUGGCCCUGGUGGUGGUAUUGGUGGUUUGGGUGGCCCUGGUGGUGGUGUGGGAGGCUUAGGUGGGAAUGGAGGUGGUGCUGGUGGUGGUGCUGGAGGCGGUGCUGGGGGUGGUGGUGCUGGUGGAGGGGGAGGUAAUUCGGGUUGUGGUGGUGGUCUUGCAGGUGGGGUUGGUACUGGUGCUGGUAUCUUUAACCACUAUAAUGAUCCUUGA